AUGUCGUAUUUUGAAAAUAAUAUUUGGAAUAAAAAUGAGUAUCAUACUCUUGGUCGGAAAGAAAAUGAGCAAGCUGCAAAAUCAAUUAUCGGAUCAAUUGUCGUCGGCAUAUUUUUAAUCCUUUUUGUAAUAUCACUAUGGAAUGUCGGCCGCAGUCACCAUUUAUCAAAAAAUUUCGUAGUAAUUAUUGAUACAGACUCGAAAUUAUUGCAAAAAACAUCUGAGCGCUACUUAUCAUUCGGCUUGGAUUCGUCGAACCUUCGAGAUAUGAAUGUUUUUCCGGUCAAAAAAGAUAAGUUUAUAAAUUUAGCUCGUUAUUUGAGUCCUGCUUUUGUGAGAGUGGGUGGAACAUCCGCAGAUUGUCUCUUUUUCGACAAAAAUGUGCCCUUUGAAAAAGCGACGAGUCCUGUUGACGGUCAGAAUAUAAGUAACUUCACUCUGGCUGCUGACGAUUACCUCGCUUUGUAUCAGUUCACUAAAAAAGCACAGCUGAGGAUGAUGUUUGAUCUCAACGCUCUGAUCAGAAAUCCUGAUGGAAGUUGGAACGACUCAAAUGCUCGGGAUAUUAUCAAUUUUUCUAAAGGACACUCCAUGGAAGUGGAUUGGCAACUUGGCAAUGCCGCUGAUUAUAUCCGUCUUCGAAAGCUAUUGAACCACCUUGGCUACGAAAUGAGUUUUCUCGUUGGACCAGAAGUCAAUCACAUAGGGGACGAUAAUAGAGCAGGUGAAAAAUAUGCGACUGAAUUUCUUAAUAAUUCCAAAAGCACCGUAGACUUUCUCACGUGGCAUCAGUACUACCUCAAUGGCCGCGAAGCCAAAGUAAUGGAUUUUGUGGAUCCAAAUGUCUUCAAUCGACUGCCUAUGCAAGUUGACCGUGUUCAAAAUGUUAUUAACCAGUCAAAUAAAAAAAUUAGAAUGUGGAUGUCAGAAACAAGCACAGCCUGGGGUGGAGGAGCUCCAGAAUUAUCCAACAGAUUUGUAGCCGGGUUCCUGUGGCUCGACAAACUGGGCUACGGUGCAGCUGCUGGCGUGGAUGUAGUAGUAAGACAAUCUUUAUUCGGUGGUAACUACGCCAUGGUUGGAGAGGACCUCAAGCCUAAUCCUGACUGGUGGGUCAGUGUAAUGUACAAGCAGUUUGUCUCCCAGCGAGUACUGAAGCUCAAGACACCCUCUGCUUCUGGUACUGUACGAUUGUACGCACACUGUACUCUUGAAAGCGCUCUUAUUUCUCGUGUUCCUGCUGUUACUGUCUACGGGGUCAACUUGAACAAUGAUUACGUUAGACUGUCGUUACUUUUGAGCAACAACUCUCGGAAGUCGAAAUUGUUCUUGUAUAUUCUCACCGCAGACUCUCUUCAGUCCAGAGACAUAAGAUUAAACGGCGAAAUAUUAACUCUAAAUCCUGAUGGAAGUUUGCCAGCUUUUAAGCCAGUAAUUAUGGACUCCCAAGUAAUAACUCUACCUCCGUACUCGAUGGCAUUUAUACUGAUGCACGGAGUAGAACAUCGGGCUUGCAUAUAA